UUUCUGUAUAUAUAUUACCAGGUAACGCUGUUUUUGAUACUAAAAGGAACAACUCCUUAAACUUCUUCUUUCUCUUACGGCUACCACUCCACCACCACCUCCACCUUUUUUUUUUCUCUCUCUGUUUUCUUUUUUUCUAGUGUGAGAAACACUUAUGAAAAGUGGUCAAGAACCUUAAAAAAAGAAAAACAGAAAAGCCCGGCACAAAACUAAAAGAAAGUAAAGAACUCUUCUUUUGGUGGCUAGAAAUCAAAACCCAGUUACAUUUUUGGUUUUCAAGAAAUGGGUACGAAUUAAAAUCUAGAAUUGUACAUUAAAAAGAAACCUUUAUCUUUUUUUUUUUAAUUUUAUUUUUUAGUUUUUGGACAUUUUUAAACAGGGUGUAGCUUUAUCUAAUGGGGGUUUCGGGAGGUGUUAAUGGUAGCAGCAGCUGCAGUAGCAGUAGUACAGAUGGUACAACAAAUGGGAGUUCUUGUUGUGAAAAGACGAGCAUGAAGUGUUGGUGCAGGUGGAGAUGGGAAUACCAAAAUCAUUUGUUCCAUUAUAGAUUACUUUCCUCGGGCUUUGUAUUCUUUUUAUGUUGUUUUGUUUUGUACGGUUCAAUUGGUAUUUUUUAUGCCUGGCUUAUGUUUAAUAAGCCUCUUAAUGGAGGUGAUGCUGCUGUUAUGGGUUUAAACUCUGUUGGGUGUCGUCAAGAUAAUGAAGGUUCUUGGUCUAUUGGUGUUUUCUAUGGUCACUCUCCCUUCUCUUUGAAACCAAUUGAAACUAUGAAUGUGUGGAAAGAUGAUAGUGCAGCCUGGCCUGUGGCUAACCCAGUUAUCACCUGUGCUUCAGUCUCAGAUGCUGGCUUCCCCAGUAAUUUUGUUGCUGAUCCUUUUCUUUAUAUUCAGGGAGAUAUUAUUUAUAUAUUUUAUGAAACAAAGAAUUCAAUUACCAUGCAAGGAGAUAUUGGAGUUGCAAAAAGUACUGAUAAGGGAGCAACAUGGCAGCAAUUGGGCAUUGCCUUGGACGAGGAUUGGCAUCUCUCUUAUCCUUAUGUAUUCGACUAUCUUGGUGAAAUUUACAUGAUGCCUGAGGGAAGUGCGAAGGGAGAACUUCGACUUUAUCGAGCAAUUAAUUUCCCAUUGCAAUGGACGCUGGAAAAGAUUCUUAUAAAGAAGCCACUUGUUGAUUCCUUUGUCAUCAAACAUGAUGGAGAAUUUUGGCUUUUUGGUUCAGAUCAUAGUAGUUUUGGAACUAAGAAAAACGGACAGCUGGAAAUCUGGCACAGUAGUUCACCUCUUGGUCCUUGGAAACCGCACAAGAAGAAUCCAAUUUAUAAUGUUGACAAAAGCCUGGGAGCUAGAAAUGGGGGCAGACCAUUUGUAUAUGAUGGCAACCUGUAUCGCAUUGGUCAGGACUGUGGUGAAACAUACGGAAGGAGAGUGCGAGUGUUCAAAGUGGAAACUCUUACCAAGGAUAACUACAACGAAGUUGAAGUCUCUUUGGGGUUUGAAGAGCCUAGCAAGGGACGUAAUGACUGGAAUGGUGCUCGUUACCAUCAUCUUGAUGUACAGCAGUUAAGUACUGGUGAGUGGAUUGGGAUAAUGGAUGGGGAUCGUGUACCUUCAGGAGAUUCUGUCCGUCGGUUUAUUCUUGGCUGUGCUUCCCUUGCAGCAGUGAUAGCAAUUAUUAUGGUAUUGGGUGUGCUGCUUGGAGCUGUAAAAUGUAUUGUCCCCCUCAAUUGGUGUGCUUAUUACUCAGGGAAGAGAAGUGAUACUCUCUUGGUUUGGGAAAGGCCAAAUGUGUUUUCUUCAAAAGUAAGACGGUUUUGUGGCCGCUUGAACAGAGCAGCUUCAUCUCUCCGAGCAAAAAUAAGACCUAAUACAUGGGCGGGAAAAUUGGCUUUGGCAGUGAUAUUUUUGGCUGGAGUUGCACUAAUGUGUACGAGUGUUAAAAAUGUCUAUGGAGGCAAUGGUGCUGAAGAACCUUACCCUUUAAAUGGUUAUCACUCUCAAUUUACUCUAUUGACAAUGACAUACGAUGCUCGCCUUUGGAAUCUGAAAAUGUAUGUUAAGCAUUACUCGAGUUGUUCUUCCGUGAAAGAGAUCGUUGUGGUUUGGAACAAAGGGAUACCUCCCAAAUUGAGUGAUCUGGAUUCUGCUGUGCCUAUUAGAAUCAGAGUAGAAAACAAGAAUUCUCUAAACAAUCGGUUCAAAAAGGACUCUCUGAUUAAGACUCGUGCUGUUCUUGAGCUUGAUGAUGAUAUUAUGAUGACUUGUGAUGAUAUUGAGCGGGGAUUCAAUGUGUGGCGCCAAUAUCCGGACCGGAUUGUUGGGUUUUAUCCUAGAUACAUUAGUGGAAGCCCCCUGAAGUAUAGGGGUGAAAAGUAUGCCCGGACUCAUAAAGGGUAUAACAUGAUUCUUACUGGAGCAGCUUUCAUAGACAGCAAAUUGGCAUUUGAGAGGUACUGGGGCGAGGAGGCUAAGGCAGGCAGGGAAAUGGUGGACAAAAAUUUCAAUUGCGAGGACGUUCUGCUGAAUUACCUGUAUGCAAAUGCGAGCUCAUCUAAGACUGUCGAGUAUGUCAGACCAACAUGGGCAAUAGACACAUCAAAGUUUUCAGGUGCUGCAAUCAGCAGAAAUACACAAGCGCAUUACAAGAUAAGAAGUAGUUGCCUCCAGAAAUUCUCAGAAAUGUAUGGAAGUUUAGCCGGCCGGAAGUCGGAAUUCGACCGGCGGAAGGAUGGUUGGGAUCUAUAGAGACGGACUUAUUCCUAGAAGUAAGUUCCUCCCCAUACUCUUCAAUCUCUUGUGUAUUUUUCUCAUCCUUUUCAGUAGAUUCCUUGUCUGGUUCCUAUAUAGUUUUGUAACCCCUCCUGUGAAGAUAAAUUUUUUUUGGUGCUAGGGGAGUGAGAUGGUAUCCAUGUGUUUGCAAGGUGUAAAUUAAUUAAAACCUUUACCAUAUUGCGAGAGUUGAUAGGAUAUAAUGUAGAUCGGUUCUUGCCAUGCUCUCUCUUCUAAAAAGUCUAUAGCCAUGGAAGUUCAUAGGUAAUAAUAAAUGGGAUUUUGGUUUGAUCAUGUGUAUUUGUUGCUCUGUCAGUUUGUACCCUAUCAAGGAUGAUCAAAAUUCUUUAAUUAAUUUUUUUUUUUUUUU